AUGGCAAAUGCCUCCACUAUUUUCGACAUUGCAGCAGAACUUGACAGACUGAACAGUGACAUGCUAAAGUUCAGCCUUUCCAUACUCCCUUGCCUCUUUUUCAUCUACAUCAACUGCGUCAUGCUGGUCACCCUCAUGAAAAAGGCAGCCUUCCGAGGAGUGUCUCGCUACAUUCUGUUCGGCCAUAUGCUCAUCACCGACUCCAUACAACUGCUGUGGAGCAUGCUUUCCUAUGUAAUUGCUGUGGUCAAGGUGUACAUGAGCAACGGCACGUGCGCUAUACUUCUGACAGUGGCGAAUAUAACCACCCGCAUAUCCCCACUCAACCUGGCAGUGAUGGCGCUGGAGAGGUAUUCUGCCAUCUGCUUCCCUCUGAGACAUGCCGAGAUCGCCACCAAUACGAGGACUGGCAUCGCCAUUGGUGUGAUAUGGGUCCUGGGCUCUCUGAAUGCUCUGAUUGAAUUUUUCCUCUUUCUAAGUAUAGGGCCUCCUUUUGCUGUGACACAGGUUUAUUGUAUACGAGGGAAACUGUUUGAGAUAAAACUAUAUUUAGAUAUCAACAGAGUAUUCACAGCUGUCUACUUGUUGUCAGUGGGGCUCAUUAUCAUAUACACCUAUGCUGCAAUAAUGGUAGAGGCCAGAUCUGUCUCCUCCGAUAAAGUUAAGGCCACAAAGGCCCGAAACACAGUGCUGCUACAUUUCAUCCAGUUGGGCUUGUGCCUCACCACCUUUCUAAUUGGUGUUUUAAACGUGCUGGCAUCACGUCUGGAGGGCCGUGCAGUUGCAGAGGUAAAGUAUGUCAUAUUCAUGGUCUUUGUCAUUCUCCCCAGAUGUCUGAGUCCCCUGAUAUACGGGCUGAGGGAUGAGAGCUUCAGACCUGCAUUUGUCUAUUAUUUUACUUUUGGCCUCAAAAAGAAAAUCAAGCCUGCAGUUACCUAG